AGGACUCUGCUGAGUACAAGUUCAUAUUCAACACACAGACAUCAAGAUGGGGAUACAGCUUCCCUGGAACAACUCUGACUGUCACAGACCUGCAGGUGAAGAUGACUCCUGCCACAGUGACAAAGGGAGAGAGUGUGUCACUGACCUGUAUCACCUCCUGUACUCUGACUGACAACCCCACCUACAUCUGGUACAAGAACGGACACCAAGUAAAGGAGGACACUUCCAGCCUGUACUCAGACUCCUUUAGUGAUGCAGACAGCUACUCCUGUGCUGUAAAAGGCCAUGAGGACCUCCACUCUCCUGCAGUGUGUAAGAAGUGUUGGAGUGUGACUUACACCCAUCAGAAGAUCUGUGCUUUAAAGUGGUCAACAGUGGACAUAUCCUGCUCUUACACAUAUCCCAGUUAUCAUGAGAUAAAAACAGCUUUCUGGUUUACUAAAUGGUCUGGUAUGGAGGCUGAAGAUCUGAGCUCAGUGCCAGGGUGUGAGGGUCAUAUAGAGUACCUUGGGGAUAAGAAGAGUGACUGUACCCUGAGAAUCACAGACCUGAGAUUGAGUGACUCUGCUGGGUACAGGUUCAGAUUCAUAACAUCUGGAGGAAAYUUUWCUGGCUCACSUGUCUCCCUGACUGUCACAGAUGGUCCAAGGAACACCUCAGUGUCAGUCAGUCCCUCUGGUGAAAUAMUGGWGGGCAGUUCAGUGACUCUGACCUGCAGCAGUGAUGCCAACCCACCUGUGYACAAAUACACCUGGUACAAGAAGAACAUAGCCUCAGCAAAAGCAUCAYGACAGAGUUACAYCAUCACUAACAUCAGCWCUGAGGACAGAGGAGAAUAUUACUGUGAGGCCCAGAAUGGAAGAGGAUCUAUGAACUCUACAGCUCUGAUGAUCAUUGUAGCAGGGAAACAGACAUCAGUUCUGACUGCAGCUGUAGGAAUCAUAGUGGUUGUUCUGGUUCUCAUCCUCUGUCUCUCUGGACUCAUGUGGUUCAGGAAGAAGUCCUCCAAAUCCACCUCUGUCACAAGAGAUACAGCAGACGUUGGACAGGGAGACUCUAGUCCAGUGUAUGACAACAUCUCAGGCAUGACCAUGACCUCUACUGCAGCACAGACAGCAGCCACAGACGACCAGGAUGAUGUUCACUACGCCAGCGUCCACUUCUCUCGCUCCAAAAACCAGGAAGUGCCUCUGUACUCCACCGUCCAGCUGCAUCAACCACAGAAACAGGACCAAGAUGUCCAAUACACUGCUGUGAAAUUCAACCUCCCCAGUUCUGCCACCCAGUGA